AUGUCCGGCAAUCAAGGUCCAGGCAGCAUAUUUGGGGGCGGCGCUGGCUCAGGGGCUUUUUUCGGUAGCGCCAAUACUGGAACCUCCUCGGGAAAUAAUCUCUUUGGCACACCUGCGAGCAGUGGUCAAUCGGGUGCCAGUCUUUUUGGCCAAAAUACUCCAUCACAAAGUACUACAACGAGCGGAGGCAAUCUCUUUGGGAGUGGAGCACCUACUGUCGGUACUGGUAGCAUAUUUGGAAAGUCUACAAAUACUACACUUGGGGCAUCGACCAAUACUCCUGGUGCGAGCACUCCAACUGGAACUGGCUCCUCACUAUUUGGCGGCACAUCUGGCACUGCACCAAAGUCCACCGCAACUUCUGGCUUCAGUUUCGGAUCUACGCAGGUUGCUACGCCUCCAGGCUCCGCUACACCGACCCCAUCGAACACGGCCCCUUCGAAUAUUUUCGGAUCUACGACACCAGCCCCAAAUAAGCUGUUUGGAGGAGUGCAGAGCAAUAUGUUUGGAACAUCGACCACUCCCGCUGCCCCGCCGCCGAUGAAUCUAGGUGGCAGUAUGUUCGGAGCCUCUACUGGAGCUGCUCCUACCGACUCGACCAAACCGGCACCGGCACCGGCAGCAUCAAAUAUGUUUGGAAAUACUUCAAACACAAAUCUUUUUGGCACAGGGCAAAAACAAAAUUCGGCUACAUCUACCGCGAGCAAUUUGUUUAGCACUGGGUCGUCCGGGACUGUUACACCAGGUGGUAGCUCACUGUUUGGAUCGCAGUCAGCUGCUAAUGCGACUAGCGAUGCUUCCAAACCAUCCAUGUUUGGAUCGGCAGGCCCAGCGACAUUCGGCGGCGCAAAGCCCACCACUCCGGCUGCAUCAGGUACUGCUACCCCAGCGGCUUCAAAUCUCUUCGGUGCUGGCGGCUUCUUUGGGUCACAACCUCCUGCAGCGUCGGGAACUGCUACCCCUAACACCCUUUUCGGGUCUAAGCCGACAGAGGCAACGAAACCAGCGAGCGCUGGUGGGUUCUUUGGUCUAGAUUCAACUAAACCUACUCUUACCCCCGCUGCAGGUACACCUACCACGGAGACAAAGCCUGGUGGGAUGUUCGGAACCACGGCGGCGGGGCCGACGGCGACGGCGACGACGGAACCACCGAAGGCCAGCUUGUUUAGCAAUCCAGCAACUGCUACUACGCAAGCGGCAGCCACUACAGCGGCGAUAACUAAUGACGCCCAAAAGUCUGCCGCAUCAGUUACGGGUUUAUUCGGCUCUGGUACAGCACCUACCGCUAAACCGAGUGCCAGCGGUUUAUUUAGCACUGGAGCUGUUUCAUCUGGGCAAACGGGUGCCGGUGGCCUCUUUGGAGGAUCAAAUACGGCCCCCCCCACAAAACCUUCAACUCCGGGCCUUUUUGGAGGAGCUACGGCUCCUACCUCGACAUCUGCCCAGCCUAGCUCACUAUUUGGAACCACAGCACCAGCGACUACAACCACUACAACUGGUUCUGUUACUACACCAUCAACUAAUACAGCCCCGGCCCCUUCAUUUUUCAGUUCCAAACCAACUGACAAGCCAGCCACACCAUCAACUACUACUCCAGCAGCCGGUGGCGGCCUAUUCGGAGCGGGGCCAUCCAGUACGGCAGCUUCGGCUGCCCCGACAUCAACCACAAGUGCUACUCCCGUAUCCGCAUCUGCUACCGCUGCACCGGGGUUGUUCGGAACAAAGCCGGGCCCAACUACCACGGCUACCCCAGCAGCAGCAGACGCAAGCAAACCCUCCGCUAUUCCUACAACUACAGCUCCCUCAGCCCAGCCUACCGGGUCUACUUCAGUUCAACCGGCUUCCCGUUUAAAGAACAAGUCUCUAGACGAACUUAUCACCCGUUGGACUUCAGACCUUGACAAAUACACAACAGAGUUCAACAAACAGGCUACUGAGAUUGCGAGUUGGGACCGCAUGCUUGUAAUGAACGGCGAAAAGCUUGUGGAAUUGCAUACCGAGACUCUCAAAGCCACCAAGAAGCAAGAGGACAUCAACAAGGCUCUCGACUAUGUCGUCGGGCAGCAAGAGGAACUCGCAGUUGCUCUCGAAUUAUACGAGAAACAAGUUGACGAUAUCUUCCAGACACAAAUCGGUGGGCCCGAAGGAAUGCAACCCGCUGAUCAAGAAAGAGAGAAGUCCUACUUGUUGGCAGAGAAGUUGGAUAAACAGCUCGACAUUAUGAGCAAAGGUUUAGGAAGUAUCAUUACAGACAUAAACAACGCGACAAGCACGAUCAACAAGACUAGUAGUGCAGAGGAUCCCCUUGCAACGAUUGUUAAGAUUUUGAACAACCAUCUCGGAGCUCUUCAAGAAAUUGAUGUUCGUUCGAACACCUUGCAAGGCAAGAUCGACGCAGCACGAACUGUGCGGGACGCGAGUAUGUCAAACAACGGUCUCGGAGGGCAAGAUAUGAACGAUUUCUUUGCUUCACAAGCUUUUAGAGGUGGAAGGUAG